CCACCACCAUCCCCCCUUCCUCCGGUCUGCUCACUGGUCAUCACCCGGUCCACAAUGGCCCCCGUCGCACGAGAGCCCGGACAGAAGGGCGUCAACUGGUCCAACAUUGCAGUCGGUGCCAUCAUGAACAUGUGCCAGGUUACGACCCUGGGGCAACCGCUGGAGGUUAUCAAGACCCAAAUGGCUGCUAACCGGUCGCAGACGAUGGUUCAGGCGCUUCAGACGGUCUGGAGUAGGGGUGGUCUCGCCGGCUUUUACCAAGGCCUCAUUCCCUGGGCUUGGAUAGAGGCAUCCACUAAGGGUGGUGUCUUACUAUUUACAGCGUCCGAGAUCGAGACGGCGUCCACGAAAGUGGGAAUCAGCCCCGCUGCAGCUGGUUUGUUGGGCGGCAUGGGAGGCGGUAUUGCUCAGGCUUAUGCGACCAUGGGUUUCACGACAUGCAUGAAGACGGUUGAAAUCACGCGACACAAGCAAGCUGCAACAGGAGUCAAGCCCGCAUCGACGUGGGCAGUCUUCAUGGACAUUUACCGCCGUGAAGGCAUCCGUGGUAUCAACAAGGGUGUCAAUGCCGUUGCCGUCAGGCAAUGCACUAACUGGGGUUCCCGCAUGGGUUUCGCGAGAUUGGCGGAGAGCGGGAUCCGCAAAGCUCGGGGUAAGAAAGAAGGCGAAACCCUGAGUGCCCUUGAUAAAAUACUCGCCUCGUCCAUCGGCGGUGCUCUUGCGACGUGGAACCAACCUAUCGAAGUUAUCCGUGUUGAGUUGCAAUCCGUGGCGAAGAACGCGGAUUCGGCCAAUCGCCCGGCGAAGCCCACGAUUGCCAACAUCUUCAUGUAUAUCUACCGCGUGAAUGGCGUCAAGGGUCUGUACCGCGGUGUCACCCCACGCAUCGGUCUGGGUAUCUGGCAGACUAUUUGCAUGGUCUCGUUCGCGGACUACGUCAAGGCUUGGGUGAAGGGAAAUGGGAGCAAAUGAUGCUUCUGAGGCAGCUCAGUUCGCUUUCGCAUAGGUGCUAUACUAGUUGCUUUUAUAUACCGCAUUACCCCGGAAUUAUGAUUACCU